CUCUAUCUUUCUCUUCCUGUUGAUUUUCCGUUUUAAUUGUUUAUGUUUUUCAAAAAUCGGUUAUUUCGACCUGUGAAUAAAAAAUAAGAGUGAAAUUUUUUGAUUCGGGAAGAAAUCAGCAACAAAGUGAAAUUAAAAUCGAGACUGAUUUUCUCUGUAAAAAAAUGUCUGAAGACGAAACUCAGAAUUAUGGGGAAGCAGAAGACGAAGAGCUGGCUGCUUUGAGGAAAUUAAAAAAUAAACUUUUGACCGAAGUUUCGCAACUGAGAGAUAAACUGAAAGAACAAGAACGAAAACAUGAACUUGAAGAGUAUGCCAGUGUAUGUAGUUCACAAAACGAGAGUGUUACCAAACCUUUGGCGAAAAAUAAUAUCAGAUUGAUUGAAGUUUCUCAGCGAAUUCUCGGCGUUUCAUUUGAAGACGUGAAUAAAAAUUGGCUUCGAGAUAAUAUUUACGAAUACAAAGCUACCAUUGUCACAAAAGCUUUGCGUCUUAGUUUCGAAUUAACUGUGGAUUCUAAGGACGAGGAGACUUUCGAAAUCAUUGAUGUAGCUUGCCAUUUUCUCGAAAGCGAUGUAGAUACCUGUUACUUCAAUGAAAUAGCACCGUGGGUAGAAAUGUUCACGAAAAUGAAAAACUUUUCGUACCUAAUAACAGCCAUAUCAAACUAUAGCGAUCAAAGUAUUCUGCGUGCAAAGAUUUUGUCCAAGUUGCAGAAAAAACAGUAUGUGACUUUAGAAAACUGUACAGAAGAAACAGGUGGAGUCACAAUUUUCGUGCAUUCUUCCAGAAAUACUGAUCGGGUUCACCUCAAAUUCCAGUGGGCCACUCGUUUUUUAGAAAGAACUUGGCGAAUCGAACAUUACUUUACUAUCGUACCCGCAAUUGAGGGAUCUAGGUUUAUUGAAGUCAACAGAGAAUUGCUGAACAAGUUUUGUCGGAAAAGCUUGGGAAAAAGUGAACUCGAACAACUUUGGAACGAAUUAUGCAAUGCCAUUGACGAGGAAGAUGAAGAGAUGAUACCAUAAUUGGCAUUAUUAUACCUUCAGGCUUUGUUACCGUUGCGCUAAUAUUUGAUAAAUGUUAUCGCAAGUCCGAGACACGCCUGUCUUUCAUGAAUUUCCGGGGGAGAUUGAAUCUGAAGCCGCCAUUGGCCCAGGCGACAUACUUCGACAACAAGAAAACUGAAAGCACCAAUCCCCAGUGGCGCAAUUGGUUAGCGCACGGUACUUAUAAGACAGUGAUACGUGAGCAAUGCCGGGGUUGUGAGUUCGAGCCUCACCUGGGGAAUUUUUUUUAUUUUAUUUUUUUUAUUUUAAGAAUCUAAAUUUGAAUUUCUUUACCGACUAUUCACUUGACUUAUUUAGCUCAGUGAAUUCGAUUAAUUUAAUUAAAAUUAAAAACGCCUGACAUCUUUAUUGAAUUUAAAAGUGGGAAAAAAUCAGCCGGGAGAAGGAAAUUCCAAGACAUAUUUUUUAUUGUAUUAGAGUAAAUUAGGUUUAUUUACAAAUUUAUAA